AUGUGCAAGGCUUGCAGCGUGUUUGUGGCUGUUGUGGAUGACGCUCUCCAAGAUGAGAGGGUUGACGAAUGGCUGAUCAAUCUCGUGGAGCAGCGCAUAUGCCCCCACCUUCCACAGAGCCUUCAAGAGGAGUGUGUGGAGAAGGCCCCAACGUUUGUGCCGGCCAUCAUCAAGUGGGUGGAAGCGAUUUCCAACACAGCCCUGUGCACAGAGAUCAACGUUUGCGGGCCAGCAGGGCUGGACAAUGUGGUGGUGGAGGUGGGACAGGAUGAGGACUAUGAAUGCACUGUGUGCAAGAAUUUGACAGCGAUUGUGAAGAAGGAGGCUGGGAGGGUGCAGCCUGAUACGCUGAUCGCCAAGAUCGAGCAGCUGAAAGAGCAAUGCGAAGAACUGCAAGAUGAGCAGAUGCAGGACCGGUGCAAGCAGCUCGUUGAUAAGUAUGGCUACCUGCUGGUGUAUUUCAUCGAGAGGGAAAAGGAUGGGGAUGUAGAGAAGACGUGCUCUGACCUGCGACUGUGCCCAGCACCAAACAAUCUACCUGUGGUCGAUCCCAUCCCAGCACGGCUCGUGCAGAAAAUGGUGGCCUAUGGAGCUUCCAAUGAUGCAGACAAGUGCCAGCAGUGCAAGGACAAGGCUCAAGAUGCUCUUGAGGAUCUUGGCAACCCUGACACUCAGAAGGAUGUGGCAUCGUACUUGUCAAGACCUUGCGCCUGGGUUCCGGUCUACUCUGCACAGUGUUAUGCGGCUUUUGGCAACUACACCGUUGAGGCAAUGAAUGCCAUUGCCUCUGGCCUUACUGCAGAAGAGGUUUGCACCAACUUGGCGUACUGUGGAGAUCAGGAAGACACCACGCACGUGUUGCACACCAAGGAGGAAGUUGUCAAGCCAGUGUAUGUCUACUGA